UCAACAACAAGUUUUCCAUUCACAGUGAUUUUCUCUUUCGAGUACACCUGGCCAUUUGGUCCAUUUCCAUUCAAAGACUUGGCUUCCCAGAUUUUGAGAAUGACUGCCAUGUUGAAGCUGGUGGCUCUUGCAGCUGCGUUUGUGACGGUUUCAUCUUCGGCCAUAAUGGAAUCCGGUCUCGAAGUCCUGUCAUCCAAGGAGGAGCAACUACUGCAACUGUACAGCGAGGACUUGGCUGAAAUGACCCCGCAAGAAAUAGCCAAGUUUCUGCUUGUCGACCUUAAGUCCGUUAGUGUUUCAGAAGUCACGGGUGAAGGACUUUCAGGUAAAUGCACGAUAUCUAAACAAGAUCUAUCAGCUGAGUGCUGCGCCACAUUGUCUUUCAAGGUCCUCUUUAAACACCACGUUGUUGAAGCAUGCGCUUCCGUCAAGGUUCUUACACAAGCAUAUGGUCUUCAUAUCAAAAUAACCGCAGGUACUUUUACAAUUUACAACAAAGAGAUAUCAGCCCGUGAACCACCGGCGAUUUGCGUGGGUGUCCCUAAAAUAAAAGUGGCGAAAGUUUGCCUGGACCUCCGUAACGUCCAAUGGAGUAACGGCUUCAGUGCAUGCAUUGCAUUUGAAGUCCAUGCCUUGUUUAUGACUCUGUUGGAUGUUCAACUGGGAUGCGUUCACUUCUAGAAAGGUUGACCUAACUAACCAGCCGCUACAGAAAACACUCCAAUCGUAGUUAUUCCAGCAGGAUUAGAUUAUACUAACCUGUAUGCUCUGUUCUUAAGGCUAUUAGAGUAUAACUGAUACAAAGCGUGUAUGCUAUAUAAUUAAAGUAUUUCCCAAAACAUGGCACAAAGCUGAAUCUUUUGAAGAAAACUGUUCAUUCAGACUUGCGUUUAGAUGAACAUUAUGUUUGUUAUUAAAGUUGAUACAAUAAACAUUCGGAGCAACCAUACA